ACCAAUAUAUACGGACAUUCAUUAAAAUGCGAAUGCGUAAUAACGCUAGUAGAUAAUGUGAAGAAUAUUAUACGCUAUAUGUUGAAUAACCGUUCAAAAAGACAUUACCGAUCCGGUUUACGUUAAUGAUUCACGGUGGAUGUUCGGUUGUUAGCAUCGUUAUAAGCUAACAGCUAAGUGUUGUUUUUAGCAGGCUGAGCUAAACUAAGCUAGUUAGCUGCGAGCUAACAGGCUGAAACUGGUGGAAAUGGAAGAAUAUUCGUUAGAUCCGCAAGAUGUCGAGCGGGCGAAGGCCUUCUGGGCGGAGGAGGACGUGGAUCAGCUGUUUAUCGGAAUCUUUGACUUCCUGGAUCACCUGAAGAGAGUCCUGAAGAAGAACACGGCCACAGAUAAAGAGUAUGUUCAGGGCCUAAAGCUGCUCGAGUGUCUGGACUCCCCCCCGGCCGCGGCUCAGGACUCUUCCGUGGUGCAGGUGGUCAUCGGCUCAGAUGAGCUGCUGCCGGCUGAGUUCUCUCCACCCCCCUCUUCCUCCCCCCCUCUCUCUCCCUCCUCUGGGCCGUGCAGCGCUGCAGCGCUCCCCCCAGGAAGAGAGGAGCUGCUGCCCCCUCUGACCCCCCUGCUGCUGUACCAGCCACACACCUGCUGCAAGUCCUGCUUGCCCAGUUUACCCAGCAUGCCUCAGUGCGCCCCUGCGUUCUGGGGUCAGAACCCCCUGAAGGUGCCGCUGCUCUGCGGCUUUAAGAGGCUGAGCGCCGUGCCGCUGAUGACGUCAUGUGGAGAGGGGGCGGAAGCCGCCGCCUGUGAGGAUGGCGAGGAGGACUGGGACGUCCUGUACAAAGCCCCGUGCGGGCAGAGCCUCCGUAACCACGACGACGUGAUGCGUUUCCUGUUGGCCUCGGAGAGCUACGACCUCCUGCAGGUCGACUUCUUCACCUUUAACCCGUCCGUCCGGUUGGACCCCCCCCCUGCAGCGGGCCCCCGGCAGCCGGAGAUGGACCUGAGUCGUGGCGUUGAGCCCACGCCGGUGCAGCUGUGCGUCGGGGACGGUGGCACCCGACCCCCUGAGUUCCGCUACAGGAAGGAGCGCUGGCCGCACGGCUGCUUCCUGACCCGCGGGCCCACGCUGUUCCACGCCUGCUGCGACUGCACCGAUGGCUGCAGUGACGCUCAGCGCUGCGCCUGCAUCGCCAUGAACAGAGGGGGGCGCCACUACAGUCACCACAGGCUGACCGAGCCCGUACCGUCAGGUGUGUAUGAGUGUGGCCCAUGGUGUGGGUGUGUGCGUGCUCGCUGUCAGAACCGGCCGGUGCAGCGGGGCAUCAGAGUCCGUCUGCAGGUGUUCAGGACCGACAGCCGCGGCUGGGCCGUACGCUGCCGGGACGACCUCGACUGCGGCACGUUUGUCUGCAUGUACGCAGGCGUGAUGCUGCGGAGGCUCCAGAGCCCCUCUGAGGCUCCGCCCCCGAAGAUGACGAGGGCCGACCUCCCGUCUGACGACGAGGUUGAGGUGGUCACCGAGUGGCUGCCCCCUCCCGUGCUGGAGAGCCGCAGCACCGUGUUGGAGCCAGUGGCUCCAACUGCCACGCCCACCUCGCCACCUCUGCACGUCCCCGUCAUCCAGAGGCCCGACAACACCGGCGCCUCCGGAGACCAGGUUCACUGCACACGUCUGCAUGUUUGUGCCGGCGGUGAGGCCCCCCCCCCUCCGCCUGCAGGGGAGUCAGGUGACCCGGCCCCCCCUCCGGUGAUCCACGGCGUGAACGGCACGGAGACGAAGAGCCAGAAGAGUUUAAAGAGAGCGAUGAAGGUGGAGGACGUUUACUUCCUGGACGCCAGCAAGGAGGGAAACGUGAGCCGCUUCAUAAACCACGGCUGUGAUCCCAACUUGUUCGUCCAGAACGUCUUCACCGACUCCCACGACCCCGGCUUCCCCGUCGUCGCCUUCUUCACCAGCAGGGUUGUGAAGGCCGGCGCGGAGCUGACCUGGAACUACUCGUCCGACACGCAUAGUAAACCCGAGGUGCCGUGUGUGUGUAACACGUGUGAGGUCAAAGGUCAAGGUGAAACACUGUAGCCCCCCCACCACGUUUCAUACAUUCAACAAACACAACACACCUUUUCUACGAACGUGCUGAAUUAUAACGGUUUGAAAAGUUCUGUACACAUUUUGUUUUUCUAAAUAAAUGGAUCCCAUUUUUCAAAUCGA